AUGUCGCCUCUGCCUGACCUCGAGAAGCCGGUCACGUCACACAUUGAGGACAAGAACGACAUUGGCAUCCGCCUCGCCAAGCUCGAUGAUGCCGAGCUCGACACUGCAGAGCGCCACAUCCGCGACGCUGACACGUACACGGAUGAACAGUACGCCCGCGUGCGUCGUAAGAUGGACUUUAUUCAGCUGUUUGCGGACAAACAGAGUCUUGCCAACGGCGUCCUAUUUGGUCUCCGCGAGGACACCAAGCUAGUAGGCAACGAGUAUGCCAACCUUACAACUUUCUUCUUCAUGGCGUACGCUAUUGGCCAGCUGCCGAUGGGUUGGCUCUGCCAGCGUUUUCCUAUCGCCAAGGUUAUCGCAACUUGCGUGAUUCUUUGGGGAAUUACCGUGAUGUGCAUGGGUGCGGCCCACAACUAUGCUCAGCUUGCCGCGCUUCGCGUCCUUCUUGGACUGUUUGAAAGCACCAUUCGCCAGGUAUGCUAUUACACAAUGUCGACAUUUAUCACCGUCAUUUCCAACGUGAUCAUUUACUACCUCGCCCUCCAUGUUCAAACCCACGGCGGUAUCGCUGCGUGGCGUGUCAUCAAUCUCUUCCUGGGUGGCCUUACCGUGUUUAUCGGAAUUCUCAACCUCCUCGUCUGGGGGACCCCGGAGAACGCGUGGUGGCUUACCAAAGAAGAGAAGAACAUUGCACGCUCGCGAAUUGUGUCCAACGCUACCGGUGGUGGUGAGAGUCACCCUUGGAAGUGGGACCAGAUCCGUGAAUGCUUCAAGGACCCCCAGUACUACUUUUUCAUGCUCUUCAACAUCCUCAUUACUAUCCCCAACGGCGGUGUCACCACUUUUGCGCCACUGGUCUUCGUGUCGUUUGGGUUUUCGCCUUUAAACACGGUCCUUUAUGCCCUUCCCCAACAGGCUAUCGGCUUUUUCUUCCUCCUGGUCCCCGGAAACAUUGUCAACAUCUUCCCUCGUGCCAGGUUCCCGUUCGUCAUAUUGAUCACGGCCUUCUGCUGCGCCUGCCUCCUUUCGGUGGGCCUCAUGAAGGGCACGGCCGACAACAAGUGGACGCGGUGGGCCCUCUUCUCUUUCUGCAGCACCUACAGCUGCGCCAUGUACCUCACCUGGCCGCUCAUGUCCAUCAACGUCGCGGGACGUACCAAGAAGACCUGGAUCAGCGGCACUGCGCUCAUGACGUUUUGCAUUGGCAACAUUAUCGGUUCACAAAUCUUCCGCCCGUCCGACGCCCCUCGCUACCUUAAGGGCCUCACCGGAUGUGCUAUCGCCAUGGCCGUCUGCAUGGUCGUUGUCGGCGCCUGGUGGUCUUACUAUGAGUACACCAACCGAAAGCGGGACCGUGACUUUGUCACUUCGGGUUUGACCAAGGAGGAGCAGGACUACCAACGCAAACUUGCUGGCGAGACCGACCUCACGGAUAUCCAGAACGUCCACUUCCGCUACACCAAUUGA